AUGUACAUGGAAGAGUUCGACAACACCAUGCUCACCAAUGUGGGAGGGGUGGCAAUGACGAUUAAGCACGCAUGUUGGGAUACGGUGGAGAGAAAGAUAUGGGGCUCAAUUGUCUGCACUAAAACUGUGGCAGUGGCCUUGGGUGGCUUUGCUCCUCAUACAAACACCACUUCUAAGCAUGCAUUGGUGGGGCUGCUCUGGUCAACCUGUAGUGAGCUGGGGGCUCAUGGCAUCAGGGUCAAUUGCAUCUCCCUUUUCGGAUAUGCUACCCCAUUGGCCUACAAUGCCUACAAUUUGGACCCAGAUAGCAUGGAAGCUGUCACUUGUGCUGCAGCCAACUUGAAGGGCACUAAGUUAAAGUCCGCCCAUAUAGCAAAGGCUGCUUUGUUUCUUGCUUCAGACGAAGUAGAUGGAGGAUUCACAGUGGUUAGUCAUAGCUAUUCCACCAUCCAAUAA